AUGGGGCAAGCAGAUUGGAAAAUUUCAAUAACUUCGUUUAAUUGUGGCAAGGCGUUGCCUUAUGAUAAAGUAUCGAAAUUAACUCCGAUUAUUGAGAAAUUGAUUCCAGAUGAUCAAUGUAAUGAUAUUUGUGUAUUAGGGUUUCAAGAAUUGACAGAGAUUUGGAUGGGAUCAUUCCCAGAUUACAUGGAAUUGAUAUUCGAUAAUAUUGGAAAAUGUGCUCAAACCAUUUUAGGUAAUGUUUUUGGAAUAGAAUAUCAAGUGGCUGCUUCAAAUCAUUUAGGCACUCUUGGCCUAGUAAUAUUGACCAAAAAAUCGAUUGAUAUUGGCCAAAAAUUCUUAACCUCUUGUAAAAGAGGCCAACUAGGCUCGAGUUUAAAAGGUGGUGCGGCCAUUUCCAUUGAUUUAAAAGACGACACAAGAGAUGAUACUUUCAUUUUUAUAUGUAACCACUUGGCUGCUAACAAGGGCAAGUUUAAUGAAAGAAUAGAUGAUUACAAUCAUAUAAUGUCUCAUUGCGAUUCAACAUUUAGAAUGAGAACAUUACAAAGUAGCCAUCUCUUCUUUUUUGGCGAUUUGAAUUUCAGAUCCAAUAAACCAAUAUAUGAUUUUUCUGAAAGUGCAAUUAUUGAAAAAGUUCUAACAUCCCACGAUGAAUUAAAUAUUUUAAAACAAGAAAAUAUGCUUUUCCAAGGGUUUGAGGAAGCUAAGAUUAAUUUCCCUCCAACUUAUAAAUAUUCAAUAAAGAAUACAAAAUCAAAUGAAUAUUCAACAAAAAGAAUCCCUUCUUGGUGUGACCGUAUAUUUUACAGGCAUUAUAAAACUCCAACUAGGACAAAAUAUUUUGCCAUUCCAAGAACAGAAGAAUUAAGAUUCACAGAUCAUCAACCAGUCAAUUUAACCAUUGAAGUUCAACUUGGAGUUCAAGACAUUGCUCCUAUCCAAAUAAGAAAGCAAUACGGUAGUUCUAUAGACUUGAGUAAGAUAUCAGAUCCAAUCAUUGGGUAUGGUGAUUGGUUUAUUCAAAGGCAUCCAAUAAUUGGUUCAAUAAUGAUAGUUAUUACUUUAGUCCUAUUAUAUGCGUUAUUGUUUUAA